CGGAGUUAGAAUCGUUUCUUCCAUUAAUCCGAUGACCCAUUAUUAGACUGAUACAAAUUCCGCCUGAAAUGGGGAGAUGACUGCAAUUCCAUUUUAAGCGGUGACCAUGGUUAUCUAAUCUUAUUUCAGUAGACAUGCCAGAAAGCUUGGAGCAGAUAUGCCGGUGUAUCCUGGCUACCGAUAUGUCGCGGCACAAUGACAUCCUUAGUCAAUUUAACGAUGUGAUAUUAAUGGAUCUUGAAACUGCUUGGCGCACCGAUCCCGAAACUAACCUACCGGUGUGGAGUUCAGAUAAAACUCGCAGGGAUUUGGUGAUGAUGAUUUACAUUAAAGUUUGUGACAUAUCCAACGAAUGUCGCCCGCUAAAAGUUGCUGGCCCAUGGAUCAAUCGACUACUUUCGGAAUUUUUUCAUCAGGUAAGAUCUCAAGAUAUUUCGUGUGAGACGUCUUUGGCAUGUCGUUCACGGAAAACCAAGCACAUUCCAGUACUAAUUAUGCUACUUUCUUCAAUGAUCGUUUCUCAACAACUGUUCUUAUUAGGAGCGUUCUAG